UGUCAGUGUUUUUUAUCCUCAGAGGAAGGCCUCUCCUUUUUUUUUAGCAUCUUACUUCCGCGUUUGCUGUAUCCUCACGGAAAAUUUCAUCUUUUCCUGAAACACAGAAGAAUUCAUCUGGUACCUCUAAAAUGGCUAUGGUAAAGAGUGGUUGGCUCCAUCGACAAAGUACCAUACUGCGUCGGUGGAAAAGAAACUGGUUUGACUUGUGGGCUGAUGGACGCCUCGUGUUCUACAAUGACCAACAACGACGUGACAUGGAGGAUGACAUCCACAUGAGGGUCAACUGCAUCAACAUCCGCAGCUCUGCUGCAUGUCAGGAGCUGAACCCACCGGAGGGGAAGACGCGCGAUGCCCUGCUGCAGAUAGUAUGCAGAGAUGGUCGGGUCAUCAGCCUGUGUGCAGACAGUGCAGAUGAUGCUCUGGCCUGGACCAUGGCACUUCAGGAUGCCAGAAUUAAUACGGUGGUCGCUACUCCUCAGAUCGGCUUUGCGCAGGAAGCAAUGGCAUCUGCUCCUCCUCCCUAUUCAGAAUAUGCUCCCCCACAGGUUUAUGCCCCAGGUCCGUAUGGAGACUAUGUUCCAGCUCCCCCACAUGCCACACAGAUUGUAUACUCUGCUGAUGGGCAGCCCUACGCUGUUGCUUAUCCCUAUCAGUACCAAGGUGGGUACGCUGCUCCCGAAGUGAACCAUGUCAUUAUUCGGGAGCGACAGCGUGAAGACGGGGGAGACGUGGCGUUGGGCAUGCUUGCCGGAGCAGCUACCGGUUUGGCACUCGGCUCUCUUUUCUCUGUGUUCUAGUGUCGUGACUAAUGUAACCUUUAUUAGCACACAGUUUCCUUGUAUUCACAGCAUAUGGCUUCUUCUGUGUGCCAUCACAUGAGUUGGAAUGAAAUGUAUCUGUUGGGCUACAUCUAUGAAGCAUGAUUGUGAUGGGCAGUGAAUUACUCACUACGUGUCCUAAAACAAAAAAUCCUUUAUAUUUAAUGGUAUACACACACAGGUGACAAGUUAAAGGAAAAAAACCAGUAUAAAGUGUCUUAGUAAGGUGUCGGGCCACAACAUGCUGCCAGAUUGAUUGAUGCUUUAAGUCUCUAGAACUCUACUGGAGGGGUAACACGAUUCUUCCAAAAAUACUUUCUAGUGUUUUAAUGAUACAGGCGGAUUUCUGGUUUUGUGUUGGUAUCUGGGCACAGGUGCAAGUGCAGAGGCUACAGAGAUGCGAUUAUGUACAGUCUUCCAACAAACUAUCACGCUAUGCAUAGGUUGGAUGCUGAUGAGCUGAAAGGUUGAUUAGUGCUGCUUAUGACGGCAGAUACAACAGGCCUGCUCUCCAUCAUCGAUCCAAUUUGGCAUUCGAUUUCUCAGGACUGCUGAGACGUUUUCUCCAAAACAAAAGGAACAACAAUGGCACAAACACAAACAAGUGUAGCUGAUGGUUUCACAUAUUUUUAACACGAGCCCUACAAGUGGCAGCAAACAGGUAGAUGUGCAUCUUCAAAGCAAAACAGUACCAUGUAUCGGCCUCAACAUGUUAAUCCUGAAUCUUCUAAAGGAGUUGAGAUCUGGUGACCGCUACCCCUUUUUGACCAAGCUGAUUCCAGUGCUAGUUUGGAGCCAGAGCCUGACUUAGCACCAGUUCUUUGUGUUUCCACCACCUAAGCACCGGCUCC